AUGGCUUCAAUAGAGACAAUUAAUUUGCCUCAUCUGCCGUCGUUGCCGGUGCAUGUUGCUCUUUACCGCGAUAUUAAAAAUGCCGCCUUCCUGAAGGCUCAACUUCUUGCUGGCCAGAAAGAAUUCGAGUAUGCAUUUGUUGAUGCAAGCAUGGUUCUGUCAAGGGCCCAUGUCACUGCUGCAGUGUUUAGAGCUCUCAAUGAUUACAUGCACAGCCGCCUGAAGUCUCAUAACGUGCAUUCCGAAAUUGUGUUUUCAUUGAACCCCACGAAUAAUAUCGCCGAAUCAUUCCGUAGAUUCGGUAUCACCGAUUCAACUAAAGAUCUGUUGGUGAUCAAAGUCUCAGUUUCUCCAGAGAUUACGCAUGAAUCUGUUAUGGCUCACUUAGGCAGCUCUGUUGAGGGAACAUCCGUACCUUUUGAGGACCAGACACUCUUCGAAACUGCAGACAUCAAUAAGAUCAAGAAAACGUACAAGCUGGGAGCCUUGCCUUCACCAACCAAGGAUGACCUUGAGGCUAAGCAGCGACUUGAAAACUCCUUGCUGGGAGCAAUUGCCUUGAGGGGAUCGUGA